AUGCAUUAUCUACUGCCCCUUUUCUUUUGGCUGGCGGUAUCUGAUUCCUUGGCUUUUGGACAAGAUAGGUGGCUCGUUUUCCCAGGAGAUCUUGUCCCACAAGCCAGGCGCAAGCACACUAUAUGGCCUCGACUAGUCGCCAUUCUGGGAGACACUCGCGUUGAGCCCAUUGGAAGUCGUGUCUUUGGCACGAUCGAGUUCUGGAAGGUCUGGGGUACUGAAGCCCAAAUGAAUCAGAUCCGACAGAUCAAUGGCGUUGAGGACGUUGUCAUGGACGAAGCCCUCAUAUCUACUUCUCAAAGCACAAAUACAGUAUUGAGGGAUGUGAAUGACCCAAAUCUUGCCAUCACACGCCAAUAUGACGCUCCAAACGACUUGAAAUUGGUGUCAUGGCCACCACUUGCUAAUCUUCCCGAAGCGGGCCUCGAUGUACCAUAUCAAUUCGCAAACGAAAAUGGCCAAGAUACCUUUGUAUACGUCAUCGACCAAGGUAUUAAUAUAGCCCAUCAGGACUUUACUAUGAUGCAUGAGCCACCUCGCCCUGCCGACUGGUUAUUCACCUCUGAUGCCAAGCGGACCUAUACCGACGAUGAUCCGGAUGGUCACGGCUCGUGUGUGGCAUCAAAAGCAGUAGGACAUGCUGACGGGGUCUCCAAGUUCUCGAGACUUAUCCCUGUCAAGACGGUGCUCGAUUCCAGUAAUCUAUUGGAGGCAUUCUUCGCCACGCAAGAUGAUAUCAUUGAGAACAAAAGAUCCUCUCAGUCGGUGAUUGUAUGUUCCUUGGCGUCUCGUAACCCCGUACCACUCGAGUCUUGGAAAAAGCCUCCAGCGCCAUGGAAGACCUUAAGACGAUAUCUUGACUCCCUGACAGUCACAUAUGGCGCGACUAUCGUGCUCUCAGCUGGCAACAACGCAUCCCGUUCCGAAUACGUCGAUACUUUUCCUGCACAAUUUGGAGAGGACCCAGGUUUAGCAAUCAUAGUAGCAGGAGCAACCACCCAACGAGGCUACAAAAGCAGCUACUCACAAGCCCUCAAACGCCCGACUUUCUGGGCUCCAGGCGACAAGAUAAUCUGCGCUGCGGGUAGCGGGACACAGGGAACUGUCGUCCAAUAUGGAACGUCAUUUUCCGCACCCUUGGUACAUCAUCCCCUUCGAGAAGAGCACAACGACUUUGCUGACUAG